UACUGUUCUAAUAAGCCUUCAUAUUUGCCACUAGAAGGAGAGAAGGUACACUUUAUCAACUGCAAAAAAAGUUCAGAAAAUUAGAAAAUGAAACCAUUCAUGGCUGGCUGUAGACAAAAGGUGAAGUCUUUGAAAAGUGGUCUAAACUUCUACUUCUUGAAAAGUGAAAACCACAUGCCAAAAUAGUUUACUAAAAAGGUUGGAUUUUAGUGAACCAAUAAUAUGGUCCAUGGGCAACCUGAUUUUAUGAUCCUAAAUCGAUCUGUUGCAUAAGAAAAUAUCAUCUUGGGAACUUGGAAGAUUCACUGGCCUCACAUUGGGAAUUUGGGUGCAGGCCAAGGGCAUUUUGGACAGAUUACUUAUAUGGUAUAAAUUUCUGGUUUCCAAACUAACAGGGAGAAGACGGGGAAAGAAGCUGGAGAGAAAUGGCGAGUGUUGGCAACGGUUGUUUUGGUUCAGUCUUCAUAGCUCCUUUUGAAAAUGAUGUCUUUUUGAAGAAGAUUAAGAAAUCUCCAUGCAAUUGUUUCAUGGUUUCCAAUGAUUCCUUCAAAUUGAACAAAGUUUCUUGUGGAAUUGAAAAGAACCCCACAAGCAGCAGACCUUCCAAUUCCAAGAACACGAUCGAGGAGUACAACACAGCUAUGAAGAGGAUGAUGAGGAACCCAUAUGAGUAUCACCAUGAUCUGGGCAUGAACUACACAUUGAUAACUGAUGACUUGAUUGUGGGCUCCCAGCCUCAGAAACCUGAAGAUAUAGAUCACCUGAAGGAAGAAGAGAAUGUGGCAUACAUUUUAAACUUGCAGCAGGACACGGAUGUUGAGUAUUGGGGAAUUGACUUGCAGUCAAUAAUAAAAAGGUGUAAAGAACUUGGAAUCCGUCACAUGAGGAGGCCGGCAAAGGAUUUCGAUCCAGAUUCCUUGCGAAUUGGUCUACCUAAAGCAGUUUCAUCGCUAGAAUGGGCCAUAUCUGAGGGAAAAGGAAAGGUGUAUGUGCAUUGCACUGCUGGACUGGGAAGGGCCCCAGCUGUUGCAAUUGCUUACAUGUACUGGUUCCUUGGAAUGAAUCUGAAUGCAGCAUACGAUGCACUAACUUCCAAGAGACCUUGUGGCCCAAAUAAGAGGGCAAUACGUGGAGCUACCUAUGAUCUGACCAAGAAUGAUCCAUGGAAGGAGCCCUUUGAGAAUCUUCCUGAAUAUGCAUUUGAGGAUAUAGCAGAUUGGGAAAGGAACUUGAUUCGAGACCGCGUCUAUUCUCUCCGUGGAACUUGAGCACUUAGGUAAGCAGUUCUUGUUUUAAACUUAAUCCAUAAUCACAGGACAGCCUGCUAUGGAACCUCAAGGGCUGUGUCUGUUGAUGAGCUUUCCAAGAAACCUGUCCUUGACUGGACAGCUAUUCUUGUAGUUGAUCUGUUAGCGUGUCAUAUUUUGCAUCAUGGGUAAAGAAAGUGAAGUUACAGCUCUGUAAAAAUUGAUUGGUUGCCUUGCUCAGCCGUCUUGGGCUGUUGGUGAUUUGUCAAACUUCUGGUGUACCUCCAACACCUCUCCAGAAAAAGUAAAAUGAAAAAUACAGAUUCUCCUG